AUGUCAGCUGCGGUGUUGGCCGCACGCGCCUGCGCACGGACGAUAUUGUGGGAAAGUCUCCGUCUCGCUGCCUUCCGAGGCGCCGUUCCCCAUGUGCUUUUUGUGGUCGACCAAUCGCCAUGUACUCUGCAGAAAGUUCUUCUUGAGGGUUACCUGCAGGAGCUCGAUCUCGCCAACGGGGUGUCGUCUGAUCAAGGAGGCGACACGCUCCGUGUCGACCUCGACCCCUCCGCCUCAACGCCCUGCUACAGUGCCGGGUUGGACAAGGACUGGAAGGUGACAUACGGGGUAUUGCCCUUCCGCGCAGCGUCUUUCCUGGAGGAGGUGCGGACUCUACAGGCGUUUCUGCGUCAGUGUGGUCCCUCCGUUGCUGCGGGGGACGGAAUCACCGGUGGACGUUGGUCUCAAGAGAAAAUGAAAAGUGCCUUUGAUUCCUUGGCGCCUCUCUUGUCACCUUACGCCGCUGCGGAUGGGCUCACUGGCGAGGACACGGGUGAUUGUGAACAGUGGAGGAAUACCCUUCUUUGCGUGCUGCCUGCGGGACCGUCACGUGAGUUACUAGGUUGCAUACUUAUUCAGCGUCACGCCUUUCAGAAUGAACUGGAAAAGUAUCGUCUGCGACUAGACCUCUUCAACAUGGGACUCCGCGUGGCUGAACAUAACCACCUGGAGUGUAUGAGCCGCACCGCGGAUGCACUUGCUAGCGGGAAGGACGGUGGAAGCAGAGAAAGAUGCUUGGAAGAUGAUGAAAUUAUAUACUAUAUGCAGUCGUGUUCCUUGCAGCCGCAUGUGGCGGAGUCGAUUGGGCGCGCCAUUGCCGACUCCAUUGAUGCGUGGAGCUGGAAGAGGAAAACCGUUGCUGCGGAUGGAGGCGAGGGCGUCCCAGUGGAUGUGGUGCCGCCUGCAUCAUUCUAUGAAUCACUGUUCAACGCUGGCUUGUUGUCCGUCUACAACGCGGGUGUGCUGCAGUGGGAGGGAAGUUCCAGCGCCGCGAACACGAGGAGCGCCGCGGCGGAUGGCUUUGCCGCGUCGUUGAGGAUUAGCGGUCCAGGGGCUCCACUGCGCAUCAUCUGCCACGACGGUGAGGUGUUGAGUUUUGAGGGUGGGUUGGAGGACUGUUUGCUAAACACCGGGUACUACGCCGCCGCCCACACCGAGGAGCGUAAUUGUGUGCGACGUCACCGUCAGCGCUUCCCUGAGUGUGGCGCGGAUGAGACGGCAAAGGAGGGAGGUGAAGGGGAGAGAAACAUGGCACUCCUAUCUGGGGACGGCGAGGCGGAGAAACGAGGCCGCCUAAAAAAGAAGGAGUACUUAGCAAUGUUAAAACUCACAGGAAAACGACAUGUGGCCGGGCGCACGUCUUCCCCUUCGAAUGGAAACGAAGAUGGCGUGCGCCGUGGCGGUCACGACUGCGGGGCAUGCGUUGGCAGCAGCAUUGGCGGGACAUUCCCGGUUGGGGAAGUCAUCAGUGAGUCCUUUGAUUUGAGCAAACUGAAUGGCACUUGCUCCGUCUUCGCCUACCCGAGCCUCUUUAAGGAAGUUACCAUGUCGGAGCCACAGCCGGUGAAAAUGCACAUCGAGAAGGGCAUUGUCACGGACAUUGGACCAAAUGCACCAGCGGAACUUGUGGAACUAAUCGGUUUGGUGCGGCAGGCGGAGGGUGCGUGCUACGUGCGAGAGCUCGGUAUUGGCCUUAGCCCGCACGUGGGCAGGAGCCGCGUUGUCAGUGACGUGACGGCGUUUGAGCGCCAGUUCGGUGUGCACAUCUCGCUGGGGCAGCGCCACCCACUCUUUGUGAAGCAGCCGGGGAAGCUCAAUGCGGACGGGUCUAUGGCAGUGCGGGUGGAGGGCCCGGUGCUGAAGCGUAAAGCGGGUAAGUACCACAUUGACGUCUUUCUCGACGCCGCACGCCUCGAGAUGGGUGCGUUUUCCGUGGACUUCAUGAAGGGUGUGUGUGCUCCUCCUCCUCCUCUUGCUGCUGCCGCGUCCAUGACGCGCGUAUGA